UCACCAUCAGCUCAGAUGCUAUUGCUGUGAAUGGAAACACGACGCAUUAUGUUAAUCAAUUUAAACGCAUUAAUAGCAGAUGUAAAAAUCAUUCCCCCCCCACUCGCACCCUGCAACGUCACGCAGCGGCAUGACUAUAAAAAUGAGGAGCACAAGCCAAACCCCACCCCUCCCUCACGACCUCGUUCUCUUUCACCCGGUUUUCCAUCUGAGGAGUUUGUUCAAGGGUUCUGAGAGUGAGAGGACGGAUGCUGGAUUAUUACUUCUGCCAUUACCUGACAGCUCUUUAUCUUUACUUAACACACACACUGCUGCUUUUACCUACCAUCUGGACUAUUUUUAGAUUUUUCAUGCCUGAUGCUCCAACGUUCAUAGAGCUUCAAGACAACGUAAAGUGAAGUACCGCAGUAUCAUGACCAGGAAGGUGUUCCCCAACACACGUGAGCGCUGGCGCCAACAUAAUGUCAACACAGCCUUCGCAGAGCUGCGGAAACUCAUCCCCACGCACCCGCCCGAGAAAAAACUCAGCAAGAACGAGAUCCUGCGGCUGGCCAUGCGCUACAUCAACUUCUUGGUGACUCUGCUGGAGAGCCAGGGAGGAGAGCCGUCGGCUCACUCGCAAGCCGCGCUCCUCACACUGAUCACGGGGAACAUGCAGAAGCUGCGCACCGACCGCACCUGGACCAGCGACACCGACCCGCCCUCACCCGGGUCCAGCUGUGACAGUUCAGAAGCCUGGUAGAACGAAGCUGAAGCGUGAGCGUUCUGUGAAAGGAUUCCGUGAUUGUGAUGUUUUUGAACAUUCCAUUGCCAUGGAGAGACGAAGCUGGAUUUUUGGAACUCGGAAUGUUCACUAUAACAUCACAAUCACUCAUUUCUUCCGAGCUUUUUGGAAACGAAUGAUCUGUGGAAACCCAGAAACACUUUAUUCAUCACCAGUACUGCUGUAAUUGAGCAGGAACCCUAAACAACAUAUGCAUGGUCAAGGAUGCACUUGGGAAGCAUCUCCCUGAUACUUUUUAGUAUUAAUGUCGUUUCAUUUCCUUGACUGAAUUAACACCCAAGAAUGUUUUGUUUGAGACUGA